CGUCAAGGCUCUCAUUAGAAUGGUGUCAUAACUAGUUUCACCAUUACAAUAUGUAUAUACAACACGUAUACGUAAUGUAUACUUUCAACUCAAGUAACGUAAAAGUAAAAUUAUUCUGAAUGCAGAAGCGAAAGGAAGAGCGACGAAAUAAAUUAUAUUUACAUAUUACGACGAGUACAUGAACGCAUCUCAAGGGGCGGGAACUCCAGUCGAGUGUCCACCAUUGUUAACGUUCAAUCCAGCGUGGAGGGGCAAAAGUUCAUCAGCUGUUUGCUAAAAACGUGGCCGAACACACUGGUUUAUUCCGUGUUAUUUCUUCCCGGACUGCGGCGUAAUGUCGGGCAGCUGGUGGAGUAGCACGGCGGUGACCCACUGCCUCGUGGCUCUCUUCGCCAUGGGAUCUUGGAUUUCCGUCAACAGUUUGUGGGUCGAGCUCCCGGUGAUCGUCAGAGGCUUGCCCGAAGAAUGGAAAUUGCCUGCCUACCUAUCAGUGCUGAUAGCCUUUGGGAACCUGGGUCCAAUCGCGGUAACUGUCACCCAUCACUGCGCCCCAGGCCGUCUAAACGAGCGCCUCAUCAUUCACUUCAUCCAGGCGCUGGCGGUGGUUGCGUCCGCCCUGCUGGCCAUCUUCUGGGCACAAAAGGUGGUGGUGGCUGGGGAGGAGAGGUCCGUGCCCUUCCUCCUUUUCACCUUCGUGCUGUCUCUUGUCUGCUGCACGUCCAACGUCACCUUUUUGCCCUUCAUGUUCCACUACCCACCGCAGUACAUCCGGACCUUCUUCAUCGGGCAGGGCUUGAGUGCUCUGUUCCCGUGCGUGGUGGCUCUGGGACAGGGUGUCGGCAAGCUGAAGUGUCAGAGCGUCAACGGCACCAUGCAGCCACAUUACUUCAAAGAGCGUUUCCCAGCGCAGAACUUCUUUUGGUUCUUGUUCAUCAUGCUGUGCGUUUCAGCUCUGAGUUUUCUGGCCUUGACGCGGCGGCCGGCAGAGGUGUCGCAACAGGAUGCUCCCCAAAGCCACGAUGCCUCAUCCACACCGGUUAAGAGUGAGGACGAGAAUCACCCGCUGAGCAACGGAGAGUUGCAAGUGUCUGAGGAGCAGGUGCAACUGCAGGAGCCGUCGCCCGCUCAGACGUUUUGGACGAUGCACAACAUCUACCUGCUGGCAUUGCUCGCCGUCUCCAACGCCCUCACCAACGGCAUCCUGCCGUCCAUACAGAGCUACUCCUGCUUGCCGUAUGGCAUCAUGACCUUUCACCUCUCUGUGGUUCUUGGGAACAUCGCAAACCCUCUGGCCUGCUUCAUCGCCAUGUUUGUGGUCCUGAGGUCCUUAACAGGUCUGGGUUGCUUGUCUUUGGCUGGUGGAGUCUUUGCUGCGUACCUCAUGGCUUUGGCCGUCCUCAGUCCAUGUCCUCCACUGCUGAACGCUGCUGGGAGUGCAUUAGUGGUGAUCUCCUGGAUUAUCUUCACGGGCCUCUUCUCCUACCUGAAAGUGGUUAUCGGCACUUUGUUGCAUGAGGUGGGUCACGCCGCCCUGCUGUGGUGCGGCAUCUCCAUCCAGGUGGGCUCCCUGGUGGGCGCCCUCACCAUGUUCCCGCUGGUCAAUGUCAAGGUCAAUGACAAUGACAUCUUCAAACGCUCACAGGACUGCCAGAACAGCUGCCCUUAACGAGAUAAAACCAUUAAUUUUCUUUACGACACACACACACAGCUCCCACGGGAGCAUCAGCUGUUUAUUGAUGCAGUUUCUGAGGCUCCUUAGCUUCAGGAGCCCCAAGCAAGACUGUCUGUCUGGUAAUGGUAGCAUUGUGUUGCUUCACACUGACCGAGGGGCUGUAACGUGCAGUAAAACCACGAGAAUGAACCUGUGCGGAUGAGGUUGUUCACAGUGGGACCAUGUGACAUUAUUUACUCAGGGACACAAUCCUCCUCACUCAUCAUCAACGCUACAUUGCCAGCUACAAUCUGCACUUUGGCUGAUAUUUGAAUUGACGUGUGCGUCCUUCAGUAAACUUGGCCUUUACAUUUAUAACAAUGCUUUCUGUUUCACAUUUUACUGAAGAAAUUGCCUUAACUUGAUGGAGGAAACUUGCUUUCUAACGUUGUUAUUAAUACUUUGUCAACGCUGAUUGUAAUUGUUUCUUUUUACGUGAAUUGGUCAGUUGUUUGCCUUUGAAUACCUGAUGUGUGCCACAUCUGAUUACUAAUAUGUGUAUUAUGUGUAUUUUUUCACCUUUGUAUUUAUUUUAAUGAAUGGAAUACAUAGCUGUCACACACGUUUAUUAUUUAUUACCACAAAUCCAUUAAGGCAUUUAUUAUGAUUAUUAAUAGAGUUUUUAUCAAGUAAAUAACAUAAUAUAACUUUCCACAAAUAAUGAUACAGUGUUCCCUUGUUUAUCGCGGAAGAUAGUUUCCCAAAAUAUUUUUAGGGUAGGACUAAUCAUUUGACAUGGUUAUAGAUCAGUUUGUGGUGUGAUUUAGAACAUGACCGUUUUUAUAACAAACACAUACAAGCUAUUUUUUGUGACGCCCUUAUUAUGUACCCCCACAGGAUGUGCUGCUAUUUUGAAGGCCGGAAGUGUUGUUUGUAAGUGUUGAGGUCACUUGACGGGUGUCAGUGGUGAGAUGAGCUGGCUAAGAAUUAUCCAUCCAUCCCAUCCAUUUUCUAUACCGCUUCUCCUCUUUAGAGUCGCGGGGGCAUGCCGGAGCCUCUCCCAGCUGACUUCGGGCGACAAGCAAGGUACACCCUGGACUGGUCGCCAGCCAAUGGCAGGGCACAUAUAGACAAACAACCAUUCACACGCUCAUUCAUACCUAUGGACAAUUUAGAGUCGCCAAUUAACCUAACCUGCAUGUUUUUGGAUGCGGGAGGAAAUCGGAGUACUCAGAGAAAACCCACGCACGCACGGGUAGAACAUGCAAACUCCACACAGAAAUGCCAAAGGGAGAAUCCAACCCAGGUCUUCCCGAUCUCCAGACUGUUACUGUGUUGGCCAACGUGCUAACCACUACACCACCGUGCUGCCGGCUAAGAAUUAGUGAUGGAAAUUUCGGCUUCUUUUAGAGAGACGGUUCUUUUGGAUCGGAUCACUAAAAAGAGCCGGCUCUUCAGGCUCCCAAGUGGCUCCAGAUUUUUUUGUUGUCUUUAAUUUAUUACCAAAUUAUUAUUUGUAUUGUGUGAAAUGAAUUAUCAAUGUAGAAAAAGCAUGGUAUCAUGUUUAUUUUUUAAAUGGGUUUAUUUAAACCUCAAUGAACAGCUACAAAACA